CCUACACUCAGUGUUUAUUAAACACUCAAAUAGUUUCCAAGUAACAACAUAGAGGAGCUGUUUCUCCUGCUAUUGUACCGUCUGUCACUGGCUGAGAGUAUAAGAAAGGCAAACCCAAAACAUUCAACAUGAGUGUCCGUGACGUUCUCAUGGCCAACAAACUGAAAGAAGGCGUCCAAGAUGCCUUGGUCUACCUCCGUAUGUUGGAAGGAGCAAAACUGGCUCCAGUUUACGAGAGGAAAAGAGUGCAGCUCAUGUCGAGGCUCCUCGACCUACAGGGUGACACCAGAAAAGAGGCCCCUCCGAAAUUCGAGGAUGACAGCGAUGACGAUGACGAUGAAGAAAUAGAAGCUCCAGAAUCACCCGAAAAGAAAGCCAGCCAGGGCUCCACGACUGAAGCAGAGAAGAAAGAGAGGAGAAACAGCAAGUUAAGUGAUAUUAAGAGUCGUUUUGAUCAGCCCUCGAGAGCCGGGAACUAUAAAUACAAAACACUGGAAGAGCUAAAGAAAGAGAGAGAGAUGAAGAAACUAGGAAUAAAAACUGACUCACAAGACGAAACCAACGAACCUGCUCCAGCUUCGCCUAGUACCGAAGAAGUCCCGGACUCUACCACUGCUGCAUCAGCUAAUGGCGACACGUCCAACACUGUUGCCGAAGAAAUUGAAGAAAUUGAAGAACUCAAGGAGGAAGACGAAGUGGACAGACCAUCUAAUGAUAUAGACGCCCAAGAGCAAAAAGUACCAGAAGAAUUGGUCGUAGAUAAAAAGGCACGUAGUCACACUGUUGCAUCUAAAUUUGGAAAAUUUUUUAAAGGAAAGAGCAAAGAUAAAGACCGAUCACUCUCGAUUCCAGAGAAUACAGGAUCCACUGAUAACAUUAGUCAAAUAUCAGCAGAAAAUACUUCAAUUGCUCCUGAAGAAGAGACAACGCCAAGUAUAGGAGGAGCAGAAGAAGAGAAGGAAGAUCAGAAACCUUUCUCCUCUAAGCUAGAAAGAGUCACCCGUAGACUAGGCAAGUAUAGUUACCAGAAAGUGAUGGCAACCCUUAACGGUGACACCUUUCACUUUGCAAAACCCAACAAAGACAAAGAUGGUACUACCCUCUCACUCGUCGGUGCAGCGACUGCUGUCCGAGACUCGUACCAAUUCGAGUUACAUACGGUCGACAAGUCGUACACAUUCCGUACCGACUCUGAAGAGCUCUGCAUUAAGUGGGUCGAGUCUCUUAAGGGAGCAAUAGAUGGAUGCACACCAGUGGAGGAGUUGCCAGAAGAAAAUGAAGAAGACUCAUCGGGAGGUGUAGCAGUUCCUCAGAUCACUGUCUCAGUGGAUGAAGAAGGAGGAACAGGAGGAGGAGGAGGAGGGGAGGGAACUCCUAACAUCAAAGAAAGUCUGAGCUACGAGAACUUCUCUUUUGGCGGUAAAAAGAAGAAGCAAGAGAUGCCUGAUCCCAGCACUGCCCAGAUGAAAGGUUAUCUUUACAAGAAGGGAAAGUUUGGUUGGGAUAAGGUGUGGGUUGUACUCACGUACGACAAUAGUCUCUUUAUGUCCACAAACGAGACCUCAAAGAAAGUCUCUGGUGUCAUUCCACUGGGGCCAGAGAGCAAAGUUGAAGAAAAGAAAAUUAAUGACAAGAAGUACCCCCACGCUCUCUGGCUUGCUUCUGGAAAGAGCAAGGAAACAUUUGCUACUGAUUCUGCGAGCGACUUCAAUUUAUGGUUGACCUUCUUGAAGCAAGCCUCUGGGAAUGCAGACAUACAAGAGCUGUUGUCGGAAGAUGAAGACGCAGGAGGAGAAUUAUACGAAGAGCUAGAGUUGCAAGACGAACCAGCUCCGGUUAUCCCAGUCUCCCCUCGCCCGGAACACCACUCCUUCCCAGCAGCGACUGCCCAGCCUCAAGACGAAGAGAUAUAUGAUGACUUUGAUCAGGAUAUUUACGAAGGUCUCGACGAUUUGGACGUUCCAGAUAUACCCUCUCCGGUGAAAGCCCCAACCAUCCCGUCCCUUCCUCCUCGGAAUGAAGUCAAAGCAGCUGCCCCUAGUUUACCGCCACGGAAUCAGCCACAGCAACAGGAAUCGCCGGCUCUACCUCCCCGCCCAUCAAAAGGAGGCGGAGCCCCCGUCAGCAAGCCACCACUCGAUUAUGAAGCACCUUCUCCUUCUCCUAUCAGUAAAAAGGGUGUGGUCAUACCCAACCCACAGCCUGUCGAAGAGGAACUGUACGAUGAUGUCGUUGGACUCCAAACAAGUGGAGGAGGUGGGAUCGAAGAAAUGGAAGAGACUUAUGACGACGUGGUGAGUACCAAAGCUAAGAUACUGAGCUCAAACGUGAGUACUGGUGAUUUAUACGAGGACAUGGUCACUGGGGGAGGUGAGGACGAUCAAGAGGACUACUGUGAUAUGAUAAUGCCAGGGCCAGGCCAGGUCAUUGAAGAGUCAGAUGAGUUGUAUGUUGAUGUGGAUACAGACGAACCCCCACCACGUCCUCCCCUACCCUCUUCAAACACUAGUAUACCCUCUCGUCCACCGCCACCGGCUUCCCCUGUGACACGCCCAACGGCUUCCCCUGUGACACGCCCACCGGCUUCCCCUGUGACACGCCCACCAGCUCCAAAAUCUGUCGUCACAACAACUAAACCCAAAGAUAGCCCUACCCUCAAGACAAAAGCAACUUCGCCUGCAACCACGACUCCUCCUAGCAGUAGAGUGACACGCCCAGCUCCACCGGUAACAAGCAGCAGCAUCAAUCCAAAGAGACCUGGCUCAGGUAAAGUAGCUAACUUGAGUAAAAUGUUUGGAGACUCACCAACAGGAGAGUCAGAAGCACCGAGAAACAAGCGUGGACUGAUGAGUGGGAACCUGAAGUAUAUGGGGCCAGGAAAGACUAGCUACACGACUGACUGGAUAGUAUUGGAAGGAACCACGCUCAUCUUUUACAAAGGACCCAAUGAGAAACUCAGCCAUUACAGGCUAAGCACAAAAGAGGCAGAGCUUCACAUAGAGUCUUCGGACGGUAAGCUAGGCUUUCACGUUAAGAAAGGGUCCGCAAUCCACAAGUUCUCUUGCAGUUCACUAGAGGAAUACGGACAGUGGAUAGGCCCCAUAGCCCACGUCAUUACUAAAGUCCUCCCGCCUCCAGACAGUCUGUAUCAAGCAAAGGAAGACUAUAUAGGAGAAGGAAAGUUCGUGUUUAAAAAAGAUGAAAUCCUUUGGGUGCUUGGCGAAGAGUCUGCUACCUCGUGGAUGGGUAUUGCUGGUGCUUCGAUCAGGGAGUUUCGUGAAUCCUCCGGGCUCUUUCCUUCAAGCAAGGCUGGCCCUUUGUCUCAGGACGAAUCUGUUUAUUAUUAAACUGACAUUUGAUUCCAUAGUCACCAGUAAUAAUAAUAAAAACAAUAUUUGUUUUUGUAUAAUUGUUGUUUGCUUUUGUAGCUCCAAUUAUUUUA